AUGGCGACGGGUGUUGAUGCAAAGCUUCUCAAAUCCACUAAAUUCCCGCCGGAAUUCAAUCAGAAGGUUGAUAUGCAGAAAGUCAACCUCCAGGUGAUGAAAAAGUGGAUAGCCAGCAAGAUCUCCGAUAUUCUGGGCAGCGAAGACGAUGUGGUCAUCGAGCUUUGCUUCAAUUUAAUUGAAGGGUCGCGAUAUCCCGACAUCAAAUCUCUUCAGAUACAGCUCACGGGAUUUUUGGACAAGGAUACGGCACCAUUCUGCAAAGACCUGUGGAAGCUAUGCUUGAGCGCUCAAACGAGCCCGCAAGGCGUGCCCAAGGAACUGCUCGAGGCCAAGAAGCUGGAAUUGAUACAGGAAAAGGCACGCAAGACUAUUUCGUCCCCCGGGUCGAAAAUUGAAGCUAACGCUGCAUAA